GCGGUCUGAGGCCGCGGCGGCGCCCCCGGGCUCAGCCCCGCAGCCCCCUCAGGCAGAGGCGCCGCCGCGGUGCCCGGCGGAGGAUGGUGUGCGCCGCUCGGGCCGCUCCCCGCAGCCUCAGCCGCAGCAGCGCCUCAGCCGAGCGGGCCGCGGCGGGCAGCCGACCCCCGCACCGGGCGUGCGGCCGGCCGGCGCGCUGAGGCUCGGACGCCGGAGCCCGGGCGACGCCGCGAUCGCAGCGGCCAUGGGGGCCCUGACGAGCCGGCAGCACGCGGGCGUGGAGGAGGUGGACAUCCCGUCCAAUUCCGUGUACCGCUACCCGCCCAAGUCCGGCAGCUAUUUUGCCAGCCACUUCAUCAUGGGCGGAGAGAAGUUUGACUCCACGCAUCCGGAGGGUUACCUGUUUGGCGAGAACAGUGACCUGAACUUCCUGGGAAACAGGCCAGUGGCGUUCCCUUACGCUGCCCCGCCUCCCCAAGAACCUGUGAAGACUCUGAGAAGCCUGAUCAACAUCCGGAAGGACACGCUGAGACUUGUCAAAUGUGCUGAGGAAGUGAAGAGCCACGGAGAAGAGGCAGGCAAAGCUAAGGUCCACUACAACGUCGAGUUCACCUUUGACACAGAUGCCCGGGUAGCCAUCACCAUCUACUACCAGGCCACUGAGGAAUUCCAGAAUGGCAUUGCCAGCUACAUUCCAAAAGACAACAGCCUGCAGUCAGAGACCGUGCACUACAAGCGAGGGGUGUGCCAGCAGUUCUGCCUGCCCUCCCAUACCGUGGACCCCUCCGAAUGGGCUGAAGAGGAGCUUGGCUUUGAUUUGGACCGUGAGGUCUACCCUCUGGUGGUGCAUGCUGUGGUGGAUGAAGGGGAUGAGUAUUUUGGCCACUGCCACGUGCUUCUGGGCACUUUUGAGAAGCACCCUGACGGGACCUUCUGUGUGAAGCCCCUGAAGCAGAAGCAAGUGGUGGAUGGGGUCAGCUACCUUCUUCAGGAGAUCUACGGGAUUGAAAACAAGUACAACACACAAGAGUCCAAGGUGGCAGAGGAUGACGUCAGUGACAACAGCGCGGAGUGUGUGGUGUGUCUCUCAGAUGUCCGCGACACUUUGAUCCUGCCCUGCCGGCAUCUCUGCCUCUGCAACACCUGCGCAGACACUCUGCGCUACCAGGCCAACAACUGCCCCAUCUGCCGGCUGCCCUUCCGGGCACUGCUUCAGAUCCGAGCCAUGAGGAAAAAACUGGGCCCUCUGUCCCCAAGCAGCUUUAACCCCAUCAUCUCUUCCCAGACCUCGGACUCUGAGGAGCAUUCGUCCUCAGAGAAUAUCCCACCGGGCUAUGAAGUGGUGUCUCUCCUGGAGGCCCUCAAUGGGCCCCUCACCUCGUCCCCGGCAGUACCUCCCCUUCACGUUCUUGGAGAUGGCCACCUCUCAGGAAUGCUCCCGUCCUAUGGCAGUGAUGGCUACCUGCCCCCUGUUAGGACACUGUCCCCCCUUGACCGCCUGUCUGAUUGCAACAGCCAAGGACUCAAACUCAAAAAGAGUCUAUCCAAAUCCAUUUCCCAAAAUUCCUCUGUGCUUCACGAAGAGGAAGAUGAGCGCUCUUGCAGCGAGUCAGACACUCAGCUCUCUCAGAGGCUCUCAGUCCAGCAUCCUGAAGAGGGACCUGACGUGACUCCAGAGAGUGAGAACCUCACCCUGUCCUCCUCAGGGGCUGUUGACCAGUCGUCUUGCACAGGGACUCCACUCUCUUCUACCAUCUCCUCUCCAGAAGACCCAGCCAGCAGCAGCCUGGCCCAGUCAGUCAUGUCCAUGGCUUCCUCCCAGAUCAGCACCGACACCGUGUCCUCCAUGUCUGGCUCCUACAUCGCACCUGGCACAGAAGAAGAAGGAGAGGCCCUGCCUUCCCCCCGAGCUGCUAGCAGGGCCCCUUCAGAAGAGGAGGAGACACCAGCAGAGUCCCCAGACAGCAAUUUCGCUGGCCUUCCAGCUGGAGAGCAGGAUGCAGAGGGAAAUGAUAUCAUAGAGGAAGAGGACAGAUCACCUGUGCAAGAAGAUGGCCAGAGGACAUACGCAUUUCUAGGCAUGGAGUGUGACAAUAACAAUGACUUUGACGUCGCAAGCGUGAAAGCACUGGACAAUAAGCUGUGCUCUGAGGUCUGCUUACCCGGUACCUGGCAGCAUGAAGAUAACACGGUCAACUAUCGCCAUACCCAGCGCCAGCGCUUAUCCUCCAGCAGCCUGGAGGACCCUGAGGAGAACAGGCCUUGUGUAUGGGAUCCUAUGGCUGUCUGAGGGCAUCUGCACCUGUACCUAGGCUUCCCCUCCUGUCCUUGCCUUCCAUCUGCCCUCACUGGACCACAAGCCUUCUGGGCAUCUUCAACAGGACUCGUGGACUUACUACUCACAUGAAGGGAGGAUGAUGUGUAACCUUCCGCCCAUCUCAUCGCCUGUAACCGCGAUUCCUACCCUCUCAGAAAGAACCAGAAACCUUCCUCCUGUGGACUGAUACGUGCCAGCCAAACCUGGUGGGCCAGCGGGGCUGAGGGUCAGGGUUGGCUGUUUCUGUAGGCUUUCUCGUCUGAGCGGAGACCAAGAAGAGUUUGGCAGCUUUGUGAGACACCCAUGGACAGGUUUUGGUCUCUGGCAAUUAGAAACCUAACUUGAAGUGGUUGGGAACUUGCUCCAUGGGGAAGGCCAUCCAGUCUGGCCUCCCAGAACACCAGGAGCUCCUUGCCCAAGCCUAAGGGAGAGGGUAGCCACCGAACUUUUGGUUGGAAGCCAGAUCUAACGGAGUUGGUCUCCUGCACCUCCAGUGUCCACAGUUCAGAAGAUCCCCCUUACAAGGCCUGCCCUCCUCCAGUGCAGUCAGGAGGCCUGCUGGGCCACUUCCCUGCAGUGCUUGGGCUGGCUCUUCCCCAUAGCUUCACUGCAGCCACUGAGGGGGAGUCUCAAACCCAGCUAACCACUUCUCUGCCCCGUUUGUAAGAGCUGAAGAACUAGGCUAAGAGCUGAGGCCCAGUGAUUCUCAAACUGGUGCACAGGAACACCAAAGGAAUGGCGGAGGCUCUGGGGCCAGAGGAUUAGGAGACCUCCCCUGCCUUUCAGAUGGGAUAGAUGAGAGGUGUGGACUCUGUGGGCUCACCAGUGCUGUGAGAUGCCGACCAGUCAGCACUCAGACAAACCCAUGGCAGCAAGCUGGCAGGAUAUUGCUGGGUGUCACACCUUUCUCAGAUCAGUGGGUUUUAACGUGGCUCUAAAGUAGAUGCCUAUCUACUCUAUCUACUGGCUUUUGGAACAGAAAGUUGUUCAGUGGAACAUGAGAUGGUUUGGGGAUCAAGACUAGUGACGGUCACUUAAAAGGGUGAGAUAUGAGGAGCUUUAGACUUGCAAGUAAUGUUCCUAGAAAGGCUUUCCCCAAAAUGCCAGUGCCCAGGAUCCUGAGGGGAGGUUGGGGGGUGAAGAGUCUGGCCUCAAACUUGCUAUGUAGCUGGGAAUGACCUUGAACUUCGGAUUUUCCUGUCCGUACUGCCCAGGAGUUAGGAUUACAGGCCUGCAGCACCACACAGCUCUCCUUUCUGUGGUAAUCCCACUGUUAGGGGGAGUUCUGCUGUGCUGCCAGAAGUGUGCUAGGCUGAGCUUGAGAUCCCAUGUUGCCCCUUCUGAACACCCUGCCAUUUUAAACCCUACUUCAUGUCUUUUACUUCCCCAGCAUUCCGAUGGCCCCUCUCAUACUUAAGGUUUACACCAGUAUAGGCUGAGCAAUAUCCACACUUCCAUAAAGAACAGAACGGAAGCAACAGGGACAUUCCCUUAGCCUGGCAUGGCUGCACAUAGACCCACCUCCUCCCCUGGCAGGCAGUAAGUAAGAGGUAUUCACAGUGUGGUGUGACCUGGGAGGAGGGGGAAGAGACUGAGAUGAAGGAGAGGCAGGUAAAUAGUAGCCACGGUGGCCAGGAACCCUCAAAAAAGCCAUGAUAAUCAGCCCUUCCUUCUCCCCUCACAAGUGCUCAGCCUGAAUUCCAUAAUCCAGACAACCAGGCUAGUGUACCCUUUGCUUUGUCUUGCUCAUCCCGCCCCUCACUCUGCCCUUUCACAGGAUGGCCCUCUGUCAGCUGCCACACAGCCCAGUCCAUUUGGGGACCAUCCCUUCCUUAGGGCUCAAGUGUAGGGUCAGGCACGUCCUCCUGGUGCCUUUCGUUCCUCACCACACACUAUCUGCACCUUUCCAUGCUUGGUACUACUGUCCUGAUCUCCGCCUCCUCAAAGAGCCUUUUUGCUUUACCUAAUUUCAUCCCACUAGAGUGUCUACCCCCUGUGGCAUCUGCCGGGCACAGACUCAAACCCUAAGCCAUCCAUCCCCACUGGGGAACUAGUCCUGUCCACCUGGUGUUGGCGUGCUGGCUACUCACUUUGUUUUAGGGCCUGCACACCUGGUGUGUGUGUGUGUGUGUGUGUGUGUGUGUGUGUGUGUGUGUGCGUGCGCGCGCGCGCGCGCGCUCGCGCUCUGUGCCAUCUGUGUACCCCUCACACUCCUGGAGUACACUUAUAGGCACAUUACAGUGGGGACAUCAAGAUGCAAUAUUUAUGGAUUGCUGCAUGAUUCUUAAACGUGAAUAAAGCUGUUUACAGGGGCAGGGGAGCCGUUAAUUACAAUGUCAA